AAUAGUACAGCCUCUUCAAACACAAAGAAGAGAGAAAUUAAAAAAUGGCUCUCUCUCUAUCGCUCCUCUCCCUCAUUGUCUUUUCACUCUCCUUACAGUUACUCCCUUCCUCUUCUUAUUCCGUACCGGUGGACACCUUCGUUUAUGGCGGCUGCACGCAACAAAGGUAUAAUCCAACCUCGCCGUACGAGUCAAACCUCAACUCGCUACUUGGCUCGCUGAUCAACUCAGCCACAUUCUCCGCCUAUAACAACCUCACCGUCCUUUCAUCUUCGCAAAGUGGCGUCGCCUACGGUCUAUACCAGUGCCGAGGCGACCUCGCCAUGCAAGACUGCGCCUCCUGCGUCGCACGUGCGGUCUCACGAGCUGGCGAGCUCUGUCCGGGAGCGUGCGGCGGCGCCGUCCAGCUCGACGGCUGCUUCGUCAAGUACGACAACGUCGCGUUCGUUGGGGUGGAGGACAAGUCGGUGGUACUGAGGAAGUGCGGCUCGCAUUCGGCCGGGUACGAUCCGGAAGCGGUUUUGGUUGGGUUGGCGGGUUCGGGAGGGUACUUUCGGGUUGGAGGUUCGGGUCGGCUGAAGGGUGUGGCUCAGUGCACGGGGGAUCUCAGUGCAGCGGAGUGCCAGGAUUGCGUUGGCGAGGCGGUGCGGCGGCUGAGGAGUGAUUGCGCCGCCUCCGAUUACGGGGACAUGUUUCUGGGGAAGUGCUACGCCAGGUUCUCGACCGGUGGGGCCCAUGGAGGGUACUACAACUCAAAAGCCCAUGGUAGAUCGGACAAUGAAGGUGAGAAGACAUUUGCAAUAAUUAUUGGAUUAUUAGCAGGUGUAGCUUUACUCAUUAUUUUCCUUGCUUUCUUGAGGAGAAUUUGUGAAGGACAAGGUAAAUAAAAUUAUGUUUGUCGUCAAACUCUAUAUGUGGCAUGCACAUUGGCUCUGAUCCUAUUCUCAGCCUUCUCCAAUGGUUUGCCUUUGGAGCCUCUUUUGCUUCCUUUUUCCCUCUUUACAAUCUUAUUCUUUUCUUUCCUUCUCUCUUUAUCUUGCACUUUAAUAUUUCCCUAAAUAUAAAAUUAAAUUCGAAAGAACACUUUGAUGAGGAUAUCCUAUAUAAAAAGAGUAUAGCACGUUGGGACACUCAUCUGAUUACAAAAGCCUAUA